GACGCAGACGCAGAAGCUCAGAGCCCCAGAUCGCUUUAUAACGGUAGGACAUAAAGCCGCCGGAGUUCAUCUGCAAACGUUUCGCGGUUGGCUUAAAACGCUCGCAAAUAAACGCAAAAAGUUAAAAAAAAAAAAAAAUCUAACGGAAAAGUUUAAGGCUAAAAAAGUUUUUGGUUCGGAAUUAAUUAGUUUCGCGUUUAAGAAUAUAUCUAAAGCCCAGAAACAUGUGGAAACCUAUAUUGCCCGCCUUGCUGUUGAUUGUCUCGCCAGUAUGCCUUGGCACACAUGUGAGCCAGACACGCCGCUUCCCAAACGACUUUCUCUGGGGCGUUGGUUCCUCUUCCUACCAAAUCGAAGGCGGUUGGAAUGCCGACGAUAAGGACGAGUCCAUUUGGGACGUUCUCACCCACACACAUCCCGAGAAAAUAGCCGAUCAGAGCAAUGCAGAUAUAUCCGCGGACAGCUAUCAUCGGUGGCGUCGCGAUGUUCAAAUGGUAAAGGAACUGCAUGCAGGCACCUAUCGUUUCUCACUGUCCUGGCCCCGUAUCAUGCCCGGUGGCUACAUGAACCAUGUGAGCACCGCUGGCAUCAAAUACUACUCCAACCUGAUCGAUGAACUCCUGCGUUAUAAUAUCACACCCACGGUUACCAUUUAUCAUUUUGAGCUGCCGCAAAAGCUGCAAGAGCUGGGCGGCUGGACCAAUCCGGAGAUCAUUCCCCUGUUCAAAGACUUUGCCCGUUUAGUGCUGGAAAUGUACGGUGACCGUGUGAAGAUCUGGACCACUAUCAACGAGCCCUGGCAUGUUUGCGAGCAUGCUUAUGGAUUGGACUAUAUGGCGCCAUCGUACAACUUCCCUGGCAUUCCAGCCUAUCUAUGUGGCCACAAUCUGCUAAAGGCCCACGCCGAGGUGGUCCACAUGUACCGGGAUCACUUCCAGAAGCGUCAGGGCGGUCGCAUUGGCAUCAGCCUGGAUACCUCGUGGCCGGAACCAAGGAAUCCAGACUCGGCCGAAGAUCGUGAAGCCUCCGAACGGGCCAUGCAGUUCUAUGUGGGUUGGUUCGGUCAUCCGAUCUUCUCCAAGCACGGCAACUAUCCCAAGGUGAUGAUCGAGCGCAUCCGUAACCUGAGCAAGGAGCAGGACUUUGGCAUUCGCUCCAGGUUGCCGGAAUUUACCACAGAGGAGAUUCAUCGCAUCCGCGGCACAGCCGAUUUCUUUGGCAUUAACCAUUAUACCAGCAAUCUGGUGACCUCGAAUGGACACAAUAAUACUGGAGGGUUCCCGGUGCCAUCGUUCAAUCAUGAUAUGGGCGUGGUGGAGAGUCAAAACGAGGUUGACUGGCCGGGAUCAGGUUCGGUUUGGCUUAGGGUCUAUCCCAAGGGAAUGUACAAUCUCCUGAUGUGGAUACACCGCGAGUACAAUAGCCCCGAGAUAAUUGUUACUGAGAAUGGAGUUAGUGAUCGCGGUGGACUGGAGGAUUAUGCCCGCGUGGACUACUUUAAUAAGUAUCUCUCUGCAGUGCUGGAUGCCAUUGAGGAUGGUGUUAAUAUCAGUGGCUACAUUGCCUGGAGUCUGAUGGACAGCUAUGAGUGGAAGGCUGGCUUCUCGGAGAAGUUUGGCUUUUAUCACGUAGACUUUACUUCGCCGCAGCGCACUAGGACCCCGAAAAUCUCGGCGAGAGUCUUUGCCCAGAUCUGCAAGACCAAUACCAUUGACUGGAACUAUCGGCCCAAGCUCGAGCAAGAGCAGAAACUGGUGGUCAUGGCCCAGCAUCCUGCGGAGGAAGAUCAAAGCAGAUCGAGUGCAGCCCAAGAAGCCAUCAGCUGGAGUCUAAUGGGUGCUUUGCUACUGGUUCUUCUCCGAUGAGAAGGAGUAGGAGAAGACUUUUGCCAUAAUUGCUACUGCUAAACCUAAGUUUUGUCUAAAAAAAUCUUUGUAAUACAAAAAAAUUGUAUACAAAUUAAAAAAAAACUUAAAUAUAUUUAAGCUAAAAGCUUGAAGAUC